AUGAAGACUCAACCGGGAUGCAUAUCGCCACUUAAUCAAAUAGCAAAACUUUUCUCAUUAAUGAAGACAAAUGUUAGCCAAAGAGGCUGUAAAGUCUCUCACCCAUAG